AUGUUUUGCCGCAAAGAACUCAAAUUAAUCUAUGCAACUGUUGUUAUUUUACUUGAAGCAGAAUUAUUAGUGAACACAAAGGCAAUGGAGUCGCAGAGGUCUUCCAUUACUAUAACACAAAACAGUGACGAUUUAAAAUCUUUAGAACUCUGUACGACAAAAAAUCAACAGAGGUUGGGCAGUGUAUUUGGUAACUUUACAAGACAUCACAAAAAAGGACACAGAAGAAGAACUACCACGUCAACUACAACCUCAACACAAACUACAAUCGUUUAUACAACUAUUGAGGAUGUCGAGGAUUCAUCAGACGUUUAUACUACAAAUGCAUAUUCGUUAAGUACCCAAUCCACAAUCCUAAAAUUACCUAAACCACUGAGGCUUUCAUCACUGAUGUUAGAUAAAGAUUAUGAAGAAGAGGUAGAUAAUUUUGACAAAAUCAUUAAAAAAGAAAUAAAGGACGUUAUAGUAAAAGAACGUCAUCAUUCUAAACACUACGAAAGAAAUAAAAAAGAAAUUGUAAUUGAAUUAGAUGAGACGUCAUUGUCAAAAUCAUUAAACAAAAUAAAGAAACUGUAUAGGGAUUCAACUGCCUCUGCAAUUAAUAAGCUUAAUAGCAAAACAAGUAAGAACGGAAUAUUUUUGACAGAUAACUGUACCACAGUCGUCGCCCAAAUCGGAACCACAGCUAUUUUACAUUGCGAAGUUAGUGACAUAACCGAAAAUACGGUUACUUGGAUUAGAAGAAAAGAUUACUCACUUCUUUCAGUAGGCCUUGUUACCUACAGCGCUGAUAGCAGAUUUUUUUCAGCCCACGGACGCCACGUUAAGGAUUGGGCAUUACACAUAAGAUUUGCAACGUCAGCUGAUGCAGGUUACUAUGAAUGCCAAGUUCCAACACAUCCACCUACAAGUAUUUUUUUCAAGCUUGUUCUAGUUGCGGCGUAUGCUGAAAUUGUUGGAGAAUCAGAGAAAAUCAUACACGAGGGAUCUAUGUUGAAACUUAUUUGUGUAGUUAAGAGAUCUACGGAACCACCAUCUUACGUAUUCUGGUAUUUUGAGAACCGAAUGAUAAAUUAUGACUUAAAUGGGGUUAGUGUAAACAAUGGACGACAAACAAGUGAACUGAUAAUCGGUAAAGCUGAACCGAGACAUGCCGGAAAUUACACGUGUGUUCCAGCUAAUGCUAAAGCUGCAUCAGUUACCGUACACGUAGUUCAAAGUGAGACACCGGCAGCAAUGCAACACGGAAAUUCAUCAGUUACGAAAACUCGUAUUCAUUGUUUCACCCAGACGUUAAUUGCCUUAGCGUCAUUAAUUUUGAUAUUCAAACAAAACUAUCAAGAAUUUGGAUAA